UAAGUAUUCAUCAUCCAAGUUGGCAUCAAGGAAGCAUUCGAAUUUAUUCAGCUUAUCGAGCAUUUACAACUGAUAAAUUGGAUGCUAUUCUUGGUAUACGUAUGGGUCUCAAACAUCUUAACGUGACCCUUACAAGCGUGCAGACAUCUGGAAAAGAACAACAAUCGUUGAAUGAUUUAAAAUAUAAUGAACGCUUUGAAUUUUUAAAUGUAUUUUCGAUGGAGAUGGAAUUGGAGAAAAGUUUAAAAAGGGGUUUACCAUAUCCAAUACUGAAAGUAAUCGAAUAUUUAAGUGUAGAUCGAGCAGGAUUUGUUUGGGGUAGGCAAUAUCGUCUCACCGGUCAUUAUACCGUAUAUUUGCUAUGGACAGCGUUUGCUUUUUGGAUUAUUCAAAUUUUAAUGUUAUGUUUGGUGCCACAUAAUUUUGCUAAAGUAGUUGUCAUUGUUGGCGUGCUAAUUCUAUUAGCUGAUUCUGUUUAUUUUAUUUUUGUGCCGAAAAAUCUUCAAAUAAGAUUUCCAUCAUCAGACGGAUCAAUGUCAAUUCUUGAUUUUCACCUUUCGACUUGCUUUUAUGCAACAUUAACUGCCGGUAUCACAAGUUUAGUUUAUGGUGGAAUAUUGCUAAUUUUACAAGCGAAAUCAUUGUAUACAUUGAAGACAUUUAUCACUUGUCAUGCUGAUCAGCAUUGUUGCAAAAUAAUGAAAUGUGAGAAUAGCACGAUAUUAUCACUUACGCCACCAAGUUCGAUGUCAACAGUUCCAACUGAAACAACAGCGGAUAGUUUAAUUAAACGAAAUACAUUUACCGGAAUGUUAUCUUCACCACCGGAAAGAUUUUAA